AGUGGGAGAUGGCCCGUGGAACGGAAAUAAGCUGAGGACCAACCCAAAAUAAAUAUGCGAUUCUUAUCGAGAUUAGGUAUCACGGUUCGCGGGGUUUAAAUUGGAUUCAUACCUCUGAAUGACUUCAAAAUGGAGGACAUUUACUCUGCUGCUAGAGACGGCAACGUGAGAUUUGUUCGGCAGUGGCUCGACAAUGUUGAAAAUGAUUUAAAUCAGGGAGAUGACCAUGGCUUCACACCACUUCACUGGGCCUGUAGAGAGGGUCAGAUGGUCAUAUUUGAAAUGCUUGUUGCAAGAGGAGGGAGAUUAAAUGCAAAAAAUCAUGGUGGGGAUACACCUUUACACCUUGCAUCAGCACAUGGAAGAAGAGACAUUGUACAAAAGUUAUUACAACACAAGGCAACAGUAAACAUUAUGAAUGAGCAUGGAAACACACCACUACAUUAUGCUUGUUUUUGGAAUUAUGAAGCCAUUGCCUUGGAACUGGUUGGUAGAGGGGCUUAUGUUUCUCAGUGCAAUAAGUAUGAUGAAACACCCAUGGAAAGAAGUAAAGCGCAGCUAGGAAACAUAAUAAAAGAGAAAGCAAAAUCAGUAGGGCAAGAUCUUGCAAGAAUUCCAUUUCAAGAACAAGAGGAAGGAAACUUCAAAGCAAGUUUGGAAUUUUUGACGCUUAAAUCGAAAAAUGCAGGAAUUGACUUAGAAGAAAUCCAUCUUGUCGAAAAAAUCAGCGAAACACUACUUGGAGAGCUUCACAAAGGAGUUUGGAACAACAUACCAAUCGUUGCUAAAAAACUGAAGAUUCGAGGUUUACAGAAAAGGCUCAAUCUUCAUUUCUGCGAAGAAUAUCCUAGGUUGAGGAUAUUUUCCCACCCGAACGUUUUACCAGUCGUCGGUGCAGUCACCAAAUCACCGAAUCUUAUGACGAUUUCCCAAUACAUGCCAUAUGGCUCACUGUUCGAUAUUCUUCAUGAAGGAACUGGUAUCGUCGUCGAUCACUUGCAGUCAGUUAAAUUCGCCAUCGACAUCGCAAAAGGCAUGGUUUACUUGCACAGUAUGGACCCUCUAAUUCCACGGCUAUAUUUAACAAGCUAUCAUGUCAUGAUGGACGACGACUUGACAGCGAGGAUAUGCAUGGCUGAUGCUCGUUUUUCCUUUCAAGACAGCACCAAAAUCCAGAAACCAAAUUGGAUGGCACCUGAAAUAUUGAAUAACGCCCCAGAAACAUGUGAUCAAAGAGCUGCGGACAUGUGGAGCUUUGCGAUUAUUUUGUGGGAGCUCGCCACUCGCGAGGUCCCCUUUACAGAAUUAUCUCCUAUGGAGAUGGGAAUGAAGAUCGCAUUGGAAGGACUUAGGCCACCUCUCAUACCAGGAAUGUCAAAUCACCUCACGAAACUGAUAAAUAUUGCUUGGAACCCAGACCCUGCUAAACGACCUCGUUUUGACCAACUGCUUCCGAUCCUUCAAAAGAUGCAAACAUGAAGUAUCGCCAGGCGAACCUCUCGCUUCGCUUCCAACACAGUAGAGGGUUUUUCAAAGGAACCAUGCUGUUUACGAUAUCGCUCUUUUUAUCAUAUAUAUUACUUGUAUAAAGUAUUAAAUUUAAACCUAAAUAUUUUGACACCUAUCAUCCCUAUAGUUUAUUUAAAUGAUAUGCAUGUGUAGAAUUGGUAUUUGUAAUAAUUUUGUAUUACAUAAAUAGAUUAGUUACUUUGAACCAAAAUUUCCUCAUACGCUGAACUCAUUCAGAAAGAGAUUUCUCUUGUGAACAUUGAUUUUGUGGAGCAAGAUUUGAAUCGUAAUUUUUACUCUCAAGAGUUAGAACUGGGUAUUUUUUGGCUUGAAAUUUCCAGGAUAAGGCAUUUUCUAAUCUUUUUCUGGGCCUUUUCGAAGAGCUUUUCAGACUAAAAUAAAGCCAAAAAGGUAAUUAUUUAGCUUAUUGAAAAUAAAAUUUAUGGAAAUGAAAGGAGGUAGUCAGCUUUUGUAGCAAGGAAGGAGUUAUGCCUCCAAGAAGCAAUUAAUUCUGGUGGUUUGGUUUGCGGGUAGCUUAUGAACUCAAAAAAUAUGUCAAAUAUUCCUACCCGAGGAGUACUACCAAAAGAUUCUUUGAACAAGAGGAAAGUCUUUUUAGUUGUUUGCUGAGAUUCAUCGCAAAAUUUUUGAUUAACGUUUGCUCCUGGAUCAUUGAAUUCGGGAGAAUGCCUGAGGUACUGGAGGAAGUGAAUUAUGCCCGAGUCACUCAUUGAGUUGAAUGACUUUCCCUCAUCAUUUGUGAAAAUGGAUUGUAGUACUUCAUGUUUAGCAUCAUCAUUUCUAAUCUUAAUGUGGGGUAUGCUAUUCAGUUUAAUCAUUCUAUUAAAACAACUGAUUAUGAAUGUUCAACACGAUUUUAUUUUAGCUAUAUUGCUACAAUUGUGUUUUUUUUAAAUCAAAAGUAGCCUUAGAUCUCCCUCGAUGUAGCAAAACAUUUCAAUUUAUAUUGAGUUUUAGUAAUUUUAUGACUGCAUGCUGAUAAAGCAGCGGGAAUCCCAAAGAAUCUUGCUGGAAAUGAACCAGUACAUUAACGCCAGAGUUGUGUUUCACAAAUUUGCAGUUUAUUUAACAACAAUACUGGCAUCUGAAUUUUUGUUCCAUUUACCUUCGUUUUUUUGUUUUAAUAAGCCAGUUACUCCGUACCUGUUUACAAUUUUUAUUCUUAAUUUUUAUAAUUUGCUACAAAAAUGGUUUGUGCCUAGCAA